GCUCAGACAAUAUGUAUGAAAACAAACGCAGAAGUCCAGCAGCCGUUGGUAAGUAAAGAAGAGGUUCCCCCUGAGCAGCAGCAGUGGAGCCCCAGGCUGGACCAGGAGGACCCACCAGAGCUGCCACUCUUUACAGAAACUGAUGGAGAGGACCCUGGGGGACCAGAACCAGCCCGGAACUUUAAUUCAGAUAGUAAUUUACAACCAGUUAUUCAUGACCAGACCUCACUCUCCUCUGAACGUGAGAAUAAUGAGUGUUGUGAUUGGGAGGAGAAUUGGGAGGAACCUCUGCAGAAACAUAAGGGAACCCAAACAUUAGUUAGUUGCUCAGUGCCAGAGCCGCCACAUAUUAAAGAGGAACAGGAGGAGCUCUGGACCAGUCAGGAGGGAGAGCAGCUUCCAGGACUGGAGGAGGCUGAUAUCACCAAGUUCCCAUUCACUCCUGUCCCUGUGAAGAGUGAAGAAAAUUAUGAAGAGAAACCUCAGUCCUCACAGCUUCAUCAAAACCAGACUGAAGAGAACAGAGGUGCAGAGCGUUUGAAAACAGAAACAGAUGGAGAGGACUGUGGAGCACAAGAACCAGCCAGGAACUUUAACCCAGAUAGUCUUUUACAACCAGCUACUCAUGAAACUAAAGACAUCAGUGAUUGGGAGGAGAAUUUGGAGGAACAUUUGCCAAAACGCAAUGGAAUUCAAACAGUACUGAAAGCAUUUAGUUGCUCAGUUUGUAAAAAAACAUUUCAAUGGAGAGCUGACGCUGUGAGGCACAUGAGAGUCCACACAGGGGAGAAACCAUUUAGUUGCUCAGUUUGUGGAAACAGAUUUGCACGAAAGGAUCGCCUGAGACAACACUUGACUGUCCACACAGGGGAGAGACCGUUUAGAUGCAAUAUUUGUGGUAAAACAUUCACUCGGCUCUAUAUAGUCAAAAACCACGAGUGUGUUGGUAAGCGCAUCAGGAAUAAAUGAAGCUACUUGUUGAGAGAGAGAGACACAGUGAUGGAAGAAGUACUCAAAAUCUUGAGCAUUAAACACUUCAAUUCCUGCGUUCUGAUGAAUUUUUCUGCACCGGUUUAUGGUGAUUGAUUUAUUUAUAUAAAGAGAAAAACAAAAUUCAAGUGGCAGCUGAUGAUUCAAAAUCUGUAGCCAUAGAAUAUAAGUCAGUGCAACUCUCAGUCAUUCUGGGCUGCUCUCUUAUUUAACAUCAUCUUUGUGUCUUUGUUUGGGGAAGUAACCUCUUUAAAUGUGACUGUGGCUCUUUUUCACCUUAAUAAUAAAUAAAUACAUUUUUAUUCAGUGAUAAACUCCUGGACUUUAGUAGCUCCUGUGUUUCAGCACAUUUUCUGCUCAUGUUCAAAACUUACUGCACAUUUAGAGUCUCUCCCACAGAUCUGUGUUCUUUAACAGGUACAGAAUAAAGGCAGAAUAUUUCCAGACUAACGUCAUGAUUUAAUGAGAAGUCUACCUGCCCUUUACUCUGCUGUGCAUUACGUCAUUGAUCCGCUGGUAGUAACGUUUUCCCUUCAGACCGACACAGUUUGGGGUUGCAUUUGAAACCAAAAGUAAAUGAAACACUUCUGAACAGGCAGAAAUCUCAUCACAGAUCCACACACAUUAACUUCCAGUGCAGCUCACAGUCCUAAACAGAGCAUCUAAAAAGGUCUGGACUCACAGUGCGUGCGGGUCCAGCUGAUCACAGCACACGCCGGUGUCAAUCAGCUGGGCGGAGUUGAUUUGCUCCUUGAGUCUUAUUAGUUAUACAUUUGUAUUUCACUGCUUGAGAAAAUGAAUGUGAGUCUCGUCACACCCCUACUAUUAAGCUUUAUCAGAUGCCUUUUUUCGAAUCCUGCUCAACUUCUCACAAAGUUUAUGUGCUCGUCAAUGUCAGUUUUAGACCAAUCGCAGCCUGGGAGGGGCUGAAUAAUAUAAAAACUUUGAGGUGCUAUGCAAACUUUCAAUGUUGAACUCAUUGUUCUGCCUUGAUGGGGUUAUUAUUGACGAGUUAGAAAUUAGCAUUAACACAUUAGAGACCAUUUUCUUGCGCAAAGAUUUAAUGUGUACAGUGUGUGUAUUAUCUGUAAUUUGUGUGUAUUAUUUGUGAUGAAGAUGCUCUUUGUACAGUCUGUGAAAACAAAUUUCCUCCACAGAGGACUAUAAAGAAUGAAUCUGAAUGUAAUCAAUAAAAACAAACCACAAAAAUGAAACUACUCUAAUUGGAAUUAAUAUUAUAUAGUAGUAAACUAUACAGUAUACUUAUUAUGAAAUGAUGAUGAAUUAUAGUAACAAAUAAUUCACAGUGUUGCGCCAUGUUAUGUUUAUUUUCCAGCUUUUUUGUCCUCUACCAAUCUAACCUGUGACUAAUGCCGAAGUUGGACAUCAAUCGAUUAGUCAUUGGGCUACAAAAGAUAUUUCUGCAUGUAUAGAAAGCUCCUUUGAGAAAUGUAGAUUAAUAAUGCUGGCGAGGAUACCAGCUGCAAACAGUGCGUCUCUCUCCUCUGGUACCAAGAUUGAUGACAGAUACUGUAUCCAAGACAGAAGUACGAAGCAGUAAGUCUACUAACUUCCGGUGGUUAUGCUUAUUCUCUUGGCCUUGGGCACAUGUUGGUGCAGGGUUCUGAUGAGCUGUAGCUUGUGCUCCAAAUGUUGGUGGCAAUUAAAGAGUAAAUAUUGA